UAUGAUUGGCUAAUCCGUGAACGCGGGUGUGAUGUCACAAGAAAGCGCCGAACUCUAGUUUGUAAAGUUUGAUGUGGCGCUAACGGACUGAUGACUAAAGGGGGUAUCUGUCUUAUUAGCCGGCUACAUAACAGAUGGAUGAUAUCGGCGUACUACACCAAAGAGCCCUGAAUCUAAGGCGUCGAAUGAGAGAUAUUGGCGAUGGACGCCCCCCACAAGAGCGAUUCAUGAGGUUGCAGAAGGAAGGAGACACACUCAGUUACCAAGGGAACUCUGAAGAGGUGGGUUGCUAUGUGGCUGGCCAUCCUCUAUCAAAGGGAAAUUGCUAUUUUGAGGUGACGAUAGUGGACACAGGGGUGAGGGGAACCAUUGCUGUGGGCCUGGUGCCGAAAUUCUACAGGCUGGACCACCAGCCUGGCUGGCUGCCAUAUUCUGUAGCUUACCACGCUGACAACGGCAAGUUAUACAAUGGCAACCCUGUGGGGCAGCAGUUUGGACCAAAGUGUGCUCGGGGUGACCGCAUUGGCUGUGGAAUGCACUCAGAAAAUACUGAAGCGGGCUUUACGACAGUCUUUUUCACCAAAAAUGGCAAAGAGGUGGGUUCAGUGGAGGUUCCUGUGCUGGCGGAAGGGCUGUUCCCUGCUGUUGGGAUGCACUCUAUGGGGGAGGAGGUGAAGGUUGACCUGCAGGCUGAGUGGUUCCUGGAGGAGGAUGAUAGUAUGAUGAUGGUUGACAGCCACGAAGAUGACUGGGGUCGGCUGUAUGACGUCAGAGUUAGAGGCAUGCUCUUGGAGUACGUUGGCAAAGGAAAGAGCAUCAUGGACGUGGGUUUGGCCCAGGCCCGUCAGCCACUGACCACCCGCUGUCACUAUUAUGAAGUGGAGAUCGUUGAUGCUGGCGAGAAGUGCUAUAUUGCGCUGGGUUUGGCAAGAAGGGACUACCCCAGGAACAGACACCCAGGAUGGAGUAGAGGAUCAGUCGCCUACCAUGCAGAUGAUGGGAAGAUCUUUCACGGCAGCGGAGUUGGCCAUGCAUUUGGUCCCCGCUGUUUCAAAGGUGACAUCAUGGGCUGCGGCAUCAUGUUCCCACGAGACUACAUCCUGGAUGGAGAGGGCUCAGGUGACAUGGACGACUGGGAUAGGCUGCAGGUCCAUCAAGGUCAAGCAGGCGUCCAGAACAUUCUGUACCUUAAAGAAGAAGAGGAGGAAGAGGAGGAGGAGGAGGAAGAUGGGGAAGAAGUAGAGCAAGGACAGGAGGGAAGGAGGGUCACGGUGUUCUUCACAAGGAAUGGGAAGCUGAUGGGUAGGAGGGCGAUGGCGGUUCCUCCCAGUGGCCUAUACCCUACUGUCGGGAUGCUGAGCAGUGGUGAGAAGGUGAAGGUGGAUUUGCAUCCCCUCAGUGGAUGACCUAAGAGUCUAGACCGGACCUGUGAUGAUGACCAGCUGGCUGCGCUGAAGAGCUCACCCACGGUAGCCUAGCAUGCUGCUAACACUCGCCAGAACACACUCAGUUCAGCUGCACUCACACAUGCACAUCGCCGCUGUCUCCUCCCCCUGACACUGCCCCAGCUUUUAUUUAUAAGACUUGUAAAUUUCACAAUCACAAACAGAAACACAACCAAAUCCACCUCCUGGUUGUAAAGUAGCAGUAAGGGAUCCUGCGUGGUGUGCACUGUGCAAAGUACAGGGAGUAGAUGUCUCCUGGGAGAUAUUUAACUUAACUCUAUGCAAUCUGUACUGCAAUCAUCCUCUCAUCUAACCUCUUCCUGCAUUCAGCACGUCUCUGAAACACUGAGCUGUUAAAUCCUCCUCAUGAGGUCUGGCACACUUCUUUUAUUUUGUUUGUCACGACCCCAAGCAAAGCAGAGUGAGGCCAACAGCUGUGCCGAGUCAGAGCUUGUUGGCAUUAGAUCCUCCCGCCCUCUCUUUCUCUCUCUUUCUCUCCCUCCGUCUCUCUCCCUGGGUGCUCUCUUGGGGUGAGGCUGCCCUCCUGUGAGUAAUCAGGGACCUGCUGUUGCCCCACCUCGCUCUCUGCUCUCCUCGAGCCUGCUGGAGGUGAACAGUGAAUCGUUUUUAGUGGGUUCAUAGUGGCUCUGACUGUUGCAGAGGAUUACUAGAGAUUUGGUAAUCACAACAGACUUUAAAUUCUGUUCCUGAGCAGCAUCAGACCAGACAACUCCUCAGAGUGGAUAAUAGUUUUGUGAGUAUUUUAAUAGGCUACAUUCAGAUUACCAGGCUGGAGUGACUGAAGAUCUGAACUUUUCAGACCUGGACACUGAAAUUUCAUUAUCAGUUCUGAUCAAAUCAGCUGUGUCACUUCAGUAUGUUAUCCUAGAUAGAUACAUAUCCUGAUAUGACAUGAGUGCGAACAGUCAUAACAGAAUCAAUGCAUUUUAUUUUUUUUGCCUAUAUGCACUUGCUGAGUAUUGUUUUCUUUGACCACACACAUAGGACACUGUAGGAGAGUGUCCUUGCUGAAUCUCAUCCUUAAAUUUGCUGCAAUAGCUUCCGUUCCUGAAUUUACCUAAGAGGAUAAAUACAAGUAUGUCUUAUCAUAUCUCCCUCUUCAAAGCUGAGUGGUCUCACAGAUAUUACAUUUUCUGUUGCUGUUGAAGACACCUACAAAGAGGUAUUUGUGCACAUAUGAACCACUCGAGAGGGCAGUCAGGUUCAGUCCGUCAAAUCUGGUCUUAAAUCUAUCCGAUUUUACUCAGAUUUGGACAGUGUGGUUAGGUAAUCUGAACGAAGCCUUAGUUUUAUGUUGGUUCCAGGUUAAAUGAGCAGGUCAGUUUCGUUUCCUUCAAGGACUCGAAACACAAAAGCAAAAUGAUUCACAUUUUACUUAAUCCUCCACGUCAAAGUUUCAAACUAAGUGUUUAGUAUUUGCACUUGGUCAACAUGGAGUAGAGGCCUGGCGGCCUUGCAAAGGAAGGCUUGCACACAGUCCAGUAUAAUACAAUCCAUUGUAAAAGAAACAAAUUAGAGCCAUAAAAAUAAUAAACUCUGAAAGUAAAAUGUACCUUUGCAAACCUCACACGCAGCUGUCAGGGCUAUUUGAAUUGGAUUGUGUCAUACUGUGAUGUGCUGUGCUUUUAUUUUGACAUUUCCUUCUCGAUCUGUGUAGGUGCAUGUCUCUCCUCUAUGUGGAGGAUUACUUUCCAAUUUAAAAUUUUCUCUUUUUCAUUAACUUAGAAUCCUGUGAUUUAUGUUUUUGUUUUUAGAGACGGAAAGAACCUGCUCAGAAUAAUUUGUUGCUCUUACAUUCAGAGAGAAAUCCUCCUCUUUGUGCUACCAAUAUGUGACAUAGAAUUAACUGCUGGAUGUUUUUUUCUGUUUGAUAUAGAGACAAUGAUAAUUAUUUGCUGAGGUUUUGCGAAAAAAGAAAAUGUGAAUAUGUUAAUGUGCGUCCACCAGUGCUCUGCAAAGUGUUUGUGUUUUAUGCAGCACACGUAGCAGCAGCAGCAGCAGCAGAGGCCUGUUUCAUAAAGAGAGAACAGUGAGGUUGUCCAGAUAUCUGUCAGUUUUAACUCAGGUUUUAUAGAAUCACAAAGCUGGCUGACUUUUAAUCACGGUCAAUCAAACGUCUAACCGAUGAUAAAUGGAGCAGAACCAGGUCAAAGCAGUCUGAUUACUGGCAAAUCAAAUCACUGGGAAACACUCAUCACUCCUUCACACUCCAAACAUGGAGGUUACAGUCGUUACAAAUUAUUAAAAACAACAAGGUCGUUUUUGUGUUAUUGUAGGAGGAUUAUUCAUGAUCUAAGUUCAUUUGAGGAAUGUUUUUCUAUGUUGAAAAAUAGUUGAAACAAUGGACCGUUUAUCAAAGGUGGAGUCAGUUUCUGUCAGUCCGUCAAGUCGUUCAUUUCUACAUGUGGUGUUUUAACACACAGUUCUCCUAACACAGGAGAAUUUGUUUAUCACCCACAGUCUGAUGAGUCACAAGUACAACAUUUCUGCAUUACUGACGUCAUCAAGAAUUUAUAUCUGUUCAUUCUACCUCAGGACGUUGUCACAAGGUCGGUGGUUCAGUCUCUGUUUUUUUUCUCUGUCAGUGUCGAUGACAAAGACACUUGACAUCAGCUGUUCCCAGUGUUCAGGCCCAUGCUUUAUAUUGUGCUUCACUCAUCACACUGUGUAUGAACAGGUGAAAAAUUAUUUGCAGCUCUAAAAUAUUCCUGUACAUUAUUAAUAGAACGAGUCUGCUCCCCUUUUUCUAGUUGAGUGUUUUGUCUUCUAAAUGAGGAAAAUCACAUCUUACUCUUGCAGUAACCUUAUCUCUUAUCAAAUUUAGCCAUAAUCUCAUAUCCUAAUCGGUGCUCCUCUCUCUCUCUCUCUCCACUUCUGCGCUCACUACGGUUUUUAAACUCAUGUUUCAUGCAAAUAUUUUAAAGCAGCAAAAGUAAGAACAAAUCAAGUCUGUGGCAUUCUCUUAAUUUACGUGUAUUUUAACUUUUCUGACAACGUAAUGUAAAAGUGAUGAGUCAUGAGUAGUUUGGUCCUGAUGUAGAAAUCAUGAAAACACGUGUGCUUUUCUCCAGCAUGUUCAAACAUGACCCUGAAAUUAAGUUUCAAAAAGUAUAAACUAUAUAUAUGUAUAUUUAUGUAUAUAUAUGUAUAUUAUAUGUAUGUAUAUGUAUAUAUUUAUAUAUAUACGUAUAUAUGUAUAUGUUUAUAUACAUAUAUACAAACAUACAUUUUAUGUAUAAAUGUGUAUAUGUACGAUUGUGCAUGAAUAUAAUCACAUAAAUCUACAUUAAUUUAUUUACAUAGUAUAUGAGGAUGAAUGUGAAUAGCUGACUGCCUCGAUUUUCUCCUGUAAACUUGUGUAAAAAAAGAGAGAGAUUUAAUUACCAUUAAGCAAAAAAUAUUCUUGCAGUACGUCCGUCGCCUUUAGUUUCUCCUUGCAUCAUUUCUUCUUGUCAAAUCCUGGUGCCUACAUUACCCACAAUGCAAAUCAGUGGCCAGUUAUUCAUGUGGAGAUUUGGGUGUAGUCUUUUAACGUUACUGGAUCGGUAAAUCGCUUACCCAGGUUCACUGGUGUUUGGUGCGGUUAAACCGACUCUAAAGUCUAGUGGAUCGGUAAAUAACGGUUACCCAGGGUUACUGGUGGUGGGUGUGGUUAAACAGGUCAGACUUCAGUUGAUUCUCCUUCAUGACGCAGGCCUCAGAGCGGAAUGCGGAAAGUGUGCAGUAGGGGAAUGGCAAAUUAUUGUCAGGUUUGUUGUGUUCGUGGGAGCUGGUUUCCACACAAAUCAUUCUGAUAAAUGAUUUUCUCUUUUCUUGUGUUAAAGGGAAUGAUAUCACCAAUAUUAUAUAGAUAUAUAUAUAUGUAUCAGUUAACCAAAAGUUUAACCAAAUCACGUUUUUUUUCCCUGCGUCUUCACAAUUCUAUCUGUCUGUUACAUCAUCAUCAGAAGCAGCAGCUGUGUAACUUGAAUGCACAUUCCUCUGUACCUACCAGUGAGGUGCAAACAGCAGGUUUUUGUAUGGUUUCUGGCAUGUUGACAGACAAACUGCACCACUUCUACACGCUAGAGACAUAACACGCUGUAAAGUUACGACACAGGGUUUAACUAUUAAAUCACAUAUCUGCUGGAGGGUUGUAUGUUUAGUUUGUAGCUGUUUGUUGUGCAUUUGUUUCAGAGCCAUCGAUGGGCAUGUAAAGAUAUAUGUACAUCUGUCUGUUGUUGUUCUCCUGCAGGGCUGCAUAAGAGACUUGCAUUAAAGGCUGUUCAAGCCUGAAACUGUAAAAAAAAAAAAUGAAGCUAGACUGUGCAAAGAUAUUAAUGUGACACCGAUGUGGACAUUGAAGCCACAUCUAAGUUCAGGGUAUUUAAGUUACUUAUAUUUAAGUUUACUAUGAAUCUCAGUUUACAGAGGUUUUCCACCUUUCAACCAAAUUGAGCAAAAUCAGUUUAAAAAUCUUUGUAGCAUCUCUAAACUUACUCAGUCCUGUAGUAACUAGUAAUAAUGAUCCCUCGCCUUGUUGAUGUUGCACUAUGAAAGCCUCCUUUAGUAUGUUUGAUCACCAAUAAAUGUUUCAGCAAUGU